AUGACAUCCACCCACAAGAAUGGUCUCUCGCCUGCUUCGGUUGAGACCAUUGCUGGCUUAUCAGCUGGUUUGAUCUCGACCAUCAUCGUUCAUCCGCUGGACAUCAUAAAGACAAGGUUGCAGGUUGACACGUCUUCUCACCCUCUGCUCAACUCCUCCCGAGCUGUCCUUCGCGAUAUCCUCCGUAAUGAAGGCCCUACUCGGUUUGCCGCGCUGUACCGUGGCUUGACCCCGAAUCUCCUAGGCAAUUCCGCCGGCUGGGCUCUUUAUUUCCUUUGGUAUCGAGAAGCUCAAGAUGUCAUUCGCAACCUACGAGGCUACAACCUCGGGACGCAACUUACGUCAGUCGACUAUCUGGCAGCCUCGUCCGCCUCCGGGAUACUCUCUGCCGUUCUCACAAACCCCAUCUGGGUAGUCAAGACACGAAUGCUUUCCACCUCGGCCACUCAGACCGGUGCAUACCCAGGCAUGAUAUUUGGACUGCGAGCAAUAUACAAGACAGAAGGUAUUCGUGGUUUCUUCCAUGGUCUCACUCCGACGCUGUUCGGUGUUAGCCACGGUGCUUUGUAUUUUGUCGCUUAUGAGAGGCUCAAAGAAUGGCGCAAGGUCUCUAAGAAAGACCAGACACUUACAAACCUCGACACCAUCGUGGCAUCCUCACUCUCAAAGACCUUUGCAGGCACAUUAACCUAUCCACACCAGUUGGUGAGAGCUCGUCUGCAGACAUAUGAUCCGGGUGCCACCAAGCGCGUAAAGGGACCCGGGCUCGUCCCUCUCAUCCAGCAGAUUUGGCGCAACGAGGGAGUCAUUGGUUUCUACAAAGGGCUUUUCCCCAAUCUCCUGCGCGUCGUUCCGAGCACCUGUGUGACCUUUCUGGUAUACGAAAACACGCGGUGGGCGUUGCCGAGAAUGUUUGGGAAUGCCGACGACGAUCCUUCUAAUCGCACGACGGUGGCGCGGAAAGGGGAGAGGGCUCUUUAG